CUGAGUGGAUUGCAGCCGUGACAUUUGCUGCUGGCACAGCUGCUCUCGGUUACCUGGCUUACAAAAAGUUCUACGUUAAAGAAAACCGAGCCAAAUCUAUGGUGAACCUUCAGAUCCAGAAAGACAACCCCAAGGUUGUCCACGCUUUCGACAUGGAGGACCUGGGAGAUAAGGCUGUGUACUGCCGCUGCUGGAGGUCCAAAAAGUUUCCGUUCUGUGAUGGAGCUCACAUAAAACAUAACGAAGAGACUGGAGACAACGUGGGACCUCUGAUCAUCAAGAGAAAAGAAACUUAAUGGACAUUUUCAGUGCUGCACCCCAGAGUGUUGUGAUAUCACCUGAUUGUUUAAUUAGAAUUAAUUAAUUAAUGAGAGGCUCACUCUGUCUGAUUGGUCUCCCUGGGUUCUAGAUGUGGUUGGUACCUUGCAAAUCGCAGCUUUCGUAUUCAUGGCAUUAGCCUUGCUAUUGGAAUAUCGUGGUGCACAUUUGUUGAAAGAAGGAGGAGAUAAAAAAGAAAGGGUAAACCGACCUCAUGAUAUAUGGGUUAUUUUGGUCUUGUAAGGAUCCGUUCCUUUACAAUAAUGGUCUUAGAAUAUAGUGGUAUCUUGAGGUUAACGUAUUAAAUUAUUCUCAAAAUCAUGUACAUGAACAUUGUACUUGUAAGUUUAAAGAAAAAAAUCACCUUCUCAUAUUACUUAGUCAACUUGGAAAGUAAUAGAGUGUGAUGACAUUGCAUUGAUUUCUUACAGCAUAGGAGAAACCUACCAUGACCUUGACUGUCCCUGUGGCCCAGGUGAUGACAUGGAUUCAGCUUGUGUUUUAAUGCUUUCAGUCAGAAUUAAUUGAAUGUUAUCCUCCUUGAAGUCGCCCAGGUCAACAAUAAAGGGGCAACAACUUCCUUGUGUUCA